AUGAAGUUGUAUUACAUUGGCGUGUUUCGUAAUGGGGAUGGUAAAGCUCUAGAGCUCACGGAAACCAAAGACCUAUCGCAAUUUGGGUUCUUUGAAAGGAAUAGUGUGGGUCAAUUCAUGACUUUUUUUGCAGAAACUGUUGCCAGUAGAACAAAUGCUGGUCAAAGGCAGAGUAUUGAAGAGGGCAAUUAUAUUGGACACGUAUAUGCCCGCUCAGAGGGUCUUUGUGGUGUGUUGAUCACAGAUAAGGAAUACCCUGUAAGGCCAGCUUACACAUUAUUGAAUAAAAUUUUAGACGAGUAUCUUGUCGCUCAUCCCGCCAAGGACUGGAGUUCGAUUUCCGAGACGAACGGUUCUUUAAACAUGAAGGAGUUGGAGUUGUAUAUACGCAAGUACCAGGAUCCCUCUCAGGCGGAUGCCAUCAUGAAGGUUCAACAGGAACUAGACGAGACGAAGAUCGUAUUGCACAAGACUAUCGAAAAUGUUCUCGAAAGAGGUGAAAAAUUGGACAAUUUGGUGGAUAAGUCUGAAUCGCUAACGGCAAGCUCAAAAAUGUUUUACAAACAAGCUAAAAAGACCAAUUCAUGUUGCAGCAUUAUGUAA